AUGUUUUCUGUCUCGACCAUCUGCCACAAGACCAGCGAUUGCCAGCAUCCGAUGGUGAUGCUCACCAGUCGGGAAGGCUCGCGGUACUUCUUUGGCAAGGUGCCCGAAGGAGCGCAGCGUGUGCUCAACGAGAAUGGCGUCAAGUUGGGAAAAUUGAAAAGCAUCUUUUUAACAGGAACCGUCCAGACUUGGAGCGAUAUUGGCGGUUUGCCCGGCUUGUUUUUGACCAUCAGCGAUGCCACGAGCCGCGGAAUCGACGUUUUCACCAACUCCAGCAGCGUCAUGGCCUACGUUGUGGCGACUUGGCGCUACUUUGUCUUCCGAAAGGGAAUCGAGCUCAACGUGUUGGACACCCAGCUGGAAAACCUUAUUGGCGACUCUACGACUGUUUUUCGCCCUGUGAAAAUCCCCAGCCGCUCUUCGUCUCCGAUGGGUGCUCUGGCAAAGAUUCUCUCACAGCUUAAAAAGCUCACGUCCCUCAUGUUUCCCCCCGAUUCAGCCGCUAAUAGUAGAGAUCCCGCAUCGCACAAGUCGGAUCCAAGCGAAAAUGAAAUCCAAACGCAUGUCCGACUUCCAGAACCCUCUGAAUUGGUUGAUGUGGGUUCUCAGCCGGCCCUAAGUUUUGUGAUACGUUUUCUUCCCGUGAGAGGAAAGUUUGAUCCGGUUAAAGCCAAAGCGCUUGGAGUCGAGCCCGGUAUCAACUAUAGAAAGUUGACCAUGGGUGACUCUGUGCUCAACUCCAAGAAUGAAUUGGUUCACUCUCAUCAGGUCUUGGCUGAACCAAAAUCCUUUCGCAAGCUUGUGAUCAUCGACAUUCCAAAUGCAAACUAUCUCGAGAACACGCUUCGAUCUGACGAGUGGUUUUUGCAAUCAGAAGAGGCCGGCCAAGAGCUUCCGGGUCUCGUGUACCAUUUUUUGGGCGAUGACAUUGAUUUCCGGAGCGCAGACUAUAUUUCCUUCAUAUCGCAGUUUCCACAAGAUUGCCAGCAUGUAAUUAGUCAUAGCCUGAUCGCUGACGAUACUUUGGUCUUCAGAACGGCUGCUGUCCAUUUGCUUAAGCUCAAAUGUGUACUUAACAACAGCUUUUCGUUGCCAUACAUCGAAAAACACCUGCCGUUGGACCUAUCGCCAAAUACGCACAAAUUGCUGUCUCUUCAGUACUUCACAAUCGAUCCCCUGGGAGUGUCUUUGGACGAACAAAAUAUCAUCAGUGAGACCUGGGAGUCUUUGUACGAUGCUGAAAUUCCGUCCCUGGAAGUGCUUGCGGGAACAGAUAAAAGCACAAUCUUGCAGAACGGCAUUCUCCCUCUUCUGCCUAUUCCAAACGCAAGCAGCUUGAAAGACCAUGUUCAAGUGGUGACACUCGGAACAGGAUCUGCACUCCCGUCCAUCCAUAGAAAUGUGCUCUCGAACCUUGUUCGGAUUCCUUACAGAGACGAAGAGACGCAAGAAAUACGCUUCCGUGCAAUUUUGCUUGAUGGUGGCGAAAACACCAUUGGCACCCUUAUGCGGAACUUUGGUCAUGAUAGUCUGAAGCAACUCAAGCAGAUUUUCUCCGAGUUGAGGCUCAUUUAUCUCAGCCAUUUGCACGCAGACCACCACUUGGGUAUCAUUUCUGUGAUAAGCGCAUGGGCUGAAGCUAAUAAAAAUAAUACCGAUAAGCUCUAUUUGGUGAUUCCGUGGCAAUACAAUAACUUUAUCACCGAGUGGUAUAGGUUGGAACAAUACACUUCGAAUAUUGACAUGAGUCGGAUUGUCUACCUCAGCUGCGAGGAUUUCAUGCGGACUCCAGAGGCUCAGCUCAAACAGUUUACCCUAGACGAAUUCGAAGAAAAGUACGACAGCAACAGAUUGACUGACCGUAUCCCCAAGGAGGAUUCUGCAUUGCCGAAAACAAGCCGCAUCGAUAUGCUCUAUCGUGACUUGAACUUGGCGAAUAUCCGCACUGUCCGUGCGAUCCACUGCUAUUGGUCAUACUCUGUCAGUUUGUGUUUCAGCUUGUCCUCUUCCGAAACAUUCAAAGUGUCGUUUUCAGGAGAUACGCGGCCAAGCACAAGGUUUAUCGAAAGUGGGUCUGAUAGCGAUUUGCUUAUUCAUGAGGCGUCUUUGGACAAUGAUCUUAUCGAAGAGGCCAUUGCUAAAAAGCAUUCCACUGUGGUUGAAGCUGUGCGAGUGGCACAGUUGAUGGGCUGUCCAAAAGUGAUAUUGACUCAUUUCAGUGCAAGAUUUUCGGAGAAACAUAGCUUCAUCCGUGAUGCUGAAGAGUACGAUAGGUUGUGUGAAAACUUGAAGGCAUAUAUCGGGCGUUCAACCACAAAUGUUUUCACAAUGAAUGAGUCGAAACUCGGUUUCGAUGACAUUGAUAUUUGCUAUGCUAGCGACUUUAUGACUAUUCGCUACAAUGACUUGGCGUGUCAAAAGCCUUUCUACGCCAAAUUGAGUGAACUUUCCACAUCAGCAACUUCAGAAGCGGAGGUGGCAAAGAGUCAAAAAGAGCAGUUGAAAAAGUCAGAGAAGAGAGAGGCCAAGCGCUUGCAAAGACUUAGCAAGAAAAAGAGACGUCUUUCCAAUGAGAGCGUAUAA